GGUUCUUACAUGUGUUCACUCACUGAGUGUGAAAUUGAGCUUCACGGCGAGCAAGUGUUAACAAAUUAUUUCCGUAAAUAUCAUAUAAGUUUUAUAAUUAACCGCAUUCAUCUAUACUUGAGUAUCCAUUCAAUAAUGUUCAUUGUGAAAAAUUACAGUGAAUACAUAUAUUCGAGGAAGUGAUGGAAGGCAACAGUGACGUAGUUAGGGUGAAGGAAGAGCCGAACGAUACUUGGUCGGAUGCAGGUAACGAUUAUAAUUUCGAUUCGGUGGUCGAUUGCAAAGUCGAGAACUCCGAAACAUUGCCCUUUCAUGAAUUGCCGGCAAAAGAUACGACCGAGGACAUUGUGUUUAAAGAGAGGUUAGGUGAAAAAAUACCGAUCGAUUUCGAGUGCAAAGAUGUCAAACUUGAGAUGCCGUCUCUAUCGACAACCAUUUGCAAAUCCGAAUAUCAAAGUUGUCAAUCUAUUGUGAAAAUAGAAAACGAAAAUAAGAAAGAUAACACGAAUGAAAAUAUAUUCGUUGACUUUGAGUGCAAAUAUGUCAAACACGAAGUGAAGUCUUUGUCAACAACAGCGUGCAAAACUGAGUACCAGAGUUGCCUACCUAUUGUGAAAAUAGAAAAUCACAUUUCGACCGAUUACACGAAUGAAUGUAAUGUACGAAAUCAUAGAAAGUUCGACGAGAGUACGGUUUGUCACAAAUCAUCUUUUGUAUCUCAGAAACAUCUCAGAAGGCCAACAAAGACGGUACAUGAUCAUAGCAAACCCUUCGAAUGUGAUAUUUGUCACAAAUCGUUUGGACAAAAAAUACAUCUUCAAACUCACACAAAAAAUAAUUCGAAUUUGUUAUUUGUCCUCAAUCUUUUGAAUACCAAAACUUCCUCAAACGCCACAUGA